AUGGUUGCAGGUGAUGCACGAAGAAGCAAGCCAUAUGUUGCUAAUGAUGCUGUUGCGAAUAUACGUACAGUUGCUUCUUUUGGUGCAGAAGAGAGUGUGAUGGCUAUGUACAAGAAGAAAUGUGAGGGUCCUUUGAGGAUAGGUGCAAGACGGGGGUUGAUUAGUGGAGUUUUCUUUGCUCUUUCCAUGACAACUAUGGCAAUUUCUCAGUCGAGCUCUUUUGCUCCAGACUCAGGCAAAGCCAAAGUUACUGUCGCUUCAAUAUUUUCCAUUCUAGACAGGAAAUCAAAGAUAGACCCAAGGGAUGAGUCUGGGAUGACAUUAGAGAAUGUGAAGGGAGAAAUUGAACUACGACAUAUAAGCUUUAGAUAUCCCACUCAACCAGGCGUUCAAGUUUUUUGA